UCUCAGAGUGCGGAAGUGAGGGUCGCGGUCGCCGGUUUCGUGCCUCGUCGCUCCUUCGCGGUCCUCGCCAUGGGGAAGACGGACUUCUUGAGCCCCAAGGCCAUCGCCAACCGCAUCAAGUCGAAGGGGCUGCAGAAGCUGCGCUGGUAUUGCCAGAUGUGCCAGAAGCAGUGCAGGGACGAGAAUGGCUUUAAAUGUCACUGCAUGUCUGAAUCUCACCAGCGACAACUGCUCCUGGCAUCUGAAAACCCUCAGCAGUUUAUGGAUUACUUUUCAGAGGAAUUCCGGAAUGAUUUCCUAGAACUUCUCCGGAGAAGAUUCGGAACAAAGCGAGUCCAUAACAAUAUUGUAUAUAAUGAAUAUAUCAGCCAUCGGGAACACAUCCAUAUGAAUGCUACCCAGUGGGAAACUCUGACAGAUUUUACAAAGUGGCUCGGGAGGGAAGGCCUUUGCAAAGUCGAUGAAACGCCCAAGGGCUGGUACAUCCAGUACAUUGACCGAGACCCCGAGACCAUCCGUAGGCAGCAGGAACAGGAAAAGAAGAAAAAACAGGAUUUGGACGAUGAAGAAAAAACGGCCAGAUUCAUCGAACAGCAAGUCAGGAGGGGCUUGGAGGGAAAAGAUCAGGAACAGCCGAUCUUCACAGAACUGAACAGAGAAAAUGAGGAGGAAAAAGUGACCUUCAAUUUGAACAAAGGAGCGAGCACUUCAGCCGCUGCAGCACAACAACAACCCAAAGCCAGCGUGCUGAAGCCAUCAGGAGCGCUGCUCCCUGUUAAGCGGAAAGAAAUCCCUCCGACGUCAAAGCCAAUUAAGGAGAAGAAGAAGAAAAGAUCUGCCCUUGAUGAGAUCAUAGAGUUUGAAGAAGAGAAGAAAAAGACUGCCCGAAAGGACUACUGGUUGCAACCUGAAAUUGUGGUCAAAAUCAUAACCAAGAAACUUGGCGAGAAAUACUAUAAAAGAAAAGCCGUCGUUAAGGAGGUCAUUGACAAAUACACAGCAGUGGUGAAAGUGAUCAAUUCUGGGGAUAAGCUCAAACUUGACCAGACGCAUCUUGAAACGGUGAUCCCAGCCCCAGGUAAAAAGGUAUUGAUUUUAAAUGGAGGCUACAGAGGGAAUGAAGCCACGUUACUGGGCAUCAACGAGAAGUCAUUUUCCGCCACGGUCCUCGUAGAAUCGGGAGCUCUGAAAGGACAUCAGGUGGAUGGUAUCCCAUACGAAGACAUUUCCAAGUUGGCCUCCAUUGACUAAAAGAGCUGAUGGGAUCCCUGAGGAACAUCUCCAGAGGUGGCUGCAGAUGAACAACUCACGUAGACGCUCAACUCAAGAACUGUCAACUUCAAGGAGCGAACGAGAUCGCUGAAGGAUGCCCUAUAAAUACAAUACAUUGGAUCCUCUAUUGAUAAUCCCUUUCUAGAUCCACCACGGGCAAUCUCGUAAUAGAUUUCUCCUCGUUUAUUGUUGGGAACGUUGAUUAGAUUGGUUCAACUGUAGCAAAGCAUCAGCCAUCUACAGCCCUGUGGUCCGUAGAACGUUUUUGUAACGUACAUUUCUGGCACAAAUUGGAACCAUCUGCAGUUGGAGGUAUCUUCUACCUGUAGAGCCACAUUACAACAUGGUGUUGCAACUUCUGGGGUGCAGCCGAAGAGUUUAGCUUUCUCACAUGCUGACACGAAAAUAGUCUUUUGUUCCGUUGGGAUGGGAUUAACCAGCAACAGGAUGUCUCUUAUCCGCACCCCACGAAUAAGCAUAACCUGCCAACGUCACCCGCCAGUUUUUUAACUGGCCAAUUUUUUACACAAUCAU